AUGAUACGUCGGAAGCCAGAUGAUAUAGAGCUGCUAGAUCCUGUUGUGCCGAGGUCUUCUGUAACGAAGAGUCGGAGACGGUUGGAUCCAUUUGCUAGCUCUUCAAUGAGAAUAGUCAGGCAGGAGAUCAACAACAGAGAUGGUCAAGGUUGUGAAAAACAGGCAAAGGGUAAACCAACAACCACAACUGUUUCAACAUCUACUCCUAAACCAACAACCACAACUGUUUUAACUUCUACAACAGAACCAACAACCACAACUGGUUUAACAUCUACAGCUAAACCAACAACCACAACUGUUUCAAUAUCUACAGCUAAACCAACAACCACAACUGGUUCAACAUCCACAGCUAAACCAACAACCACAACUGGUUUAACAUCUACAAUAGAACCAACAACCACAACUGUUUCAACAUCUACAGCUAAACCAACAACCAUAACUGGUUUCACAUCUACAACCGAAACAACAACCACAACUGUUUCAACAUCUACAGCUGGUUUAACAUCUACAGCUAAACCAACAUCCACAACUGUUUCAACAUCCACAACUGUUUCAACAUCUACAACAGAACCAAUAUCCACAGGUGUUACAACAUCUACUCCUAAACCAACAACCACAACUGUUUUAACUUCUACAACAGAACCAACAACCACAACUGUUUUUACAUCUACUCCUAAACCAACAACCACAACUGUUUCAACAUCUACAGCUAAACCAACAACUACAGCUGUUUUAACAUCUACAACAGAACCAACAACCACAACUGUUUUAACUUCUACAACAGAACCAACAACAACCAACAACCACACCUGUUUUAACUUCGACAGCUGA